CAAAUUUCCCUUUCUCUCUCUAUUUUAGGGUCCUCCCAAUAAAAGCCAAUUAUUCCUCUUUGCUCAAUUCAUUUGCAGAGCUAGAGAGAGAAUUUGAUCUGACACAGUAAUUUUCAAAGGGAGUGUAUGAACUGAAAUGAGGGAUUCAAAAGCUCAGUUGUAAAUAAAGGGAGAAAAGUGAGGAUUUCUCCCUUUGUUUUUUUUUUUUGAAUUUUUUGUUGUUCUCUGGACCUGGGGCGGUAGAGGAGCCUCAACUAUUUUUUUUCUUCUGGGUCCGGAGGAUUAGGGUUUCGUUCUUCUGUCGAUGCCCGUAAUCAUGUGUAGAAAUCAAGCUGGCCCAUAUGCGUUAGUGUUUAAUCUGUGUAUAACUUUUAGGGUUUAGAUUUCUCUGUAAAGAAGGAGCCCUUUUUGUAAGUGAAUCUGUCUGAGAUGGACGGGAGGCGGAUAACGGCGAGCCCGAGACCGUGCUGUGGGCGGCGAGUAGUGGCGAAAAAGCGGCCUCGCGGUGGUUUAGAUGGGUUCGUGAACAGCGUGAAGAAACUGCAGAGAAGGGAGAUUUCAUCCAAGCGUGACCGGUCGUUCAGUAUGAGUGACGCUCAGGAGCGAUUUCGUAACAUUCGCCUGCAGGAGGAGUAUGACACUCACGAUCCCAAGGGUUAUAGUUCUUUGUCAUUGCCAUUUUUGAAGAAGAGGUCAAAAAUUAUUGAGAUUGUUGCUGCCCGUGAUAUUGUGUUCGCUCUAGCCCAAUCAGGUGUCUGUGCAGCAUUCAGCCGAGAGUCUAACCAGAGGAUAUGCUUCCUGAAUGUCUGUCCCGAUGAAGUUAUCAGGAGCUUGUUUUACAACAAAAACAAUGACUCACUCAUAACAGUUUCUGUUUAUGCCUCAGAUAAUUUUAGUUCUUUAAAAUGCAGAACCACAAGGAUCGAAUACAUUCGAAGGGGUAAACCUGAUGCUGGUUUCCCGCUGUUUGAGACUGAGUCUUUGAAGUGGCCCGGAUUUGUAGAGUUCGAUGAUGUGAAUGGGAAAGUUCUGACUUAUUCUGCGCAAGACAGCAUAUACAAGGUGUUUGACCUUAAGAACUACACCAUGCUAUACUCCAUCUCAGAUAAAAAUGUUCAGGAGAUUAAGAUCAGCCCAGGUAUCAUGCUGUUGAUUCUUACAAAAGCCCACGGUGGUGUCCCUUUAAAGAUUCUCUCUAUUGAGGAUGGUACCGUCCUAAAAUCUUUCAGCCAUCUCCUUCACAAAAACAAGAAGGUUGAUUUCAUCGAACAAUUCAAUGAAAAGCUUCUCGUCAAGCAAGAGAACGAGAAUCUCCAGAUUGUCGAUGUCCGUAAUUCGGAAAUCACAGAAGUUAGCAGGACCGAGUUUAUGACCCCAUCUGCAUUCAUAUUUCUUUACGAGAACCAACUGUUCCUGACAUUCAGGAACCGAACAGUUGCUGUUUGGAACUUCAGAGGGGAGCUCGUGACCUCGUUUGAGGAUCACCUCUUGUGGCAUCCUGAUUGUAAUACUAACAACAUAUACAUCACGAGCGAUCAGGACCUCAUCAUCUCUUACUGCAAAGCCGACACAGAAGAACCACUUUCUGAUGGACAUGCUGGUUCCAUAAAUAUAAGCAAUAUCUUAACUGGCAAGUGCCUAGCCAAGAUAAAGGUGAGCAACGGUCUCCCCACGAACGAAUGCUACUGCAGCUUAGAUUGUUCCGGAAGAAACUGCAGCUCGAGAAAGCGUAUCACGACUUCAAGAAUUCGAAGCACUGUGGCCGAGGCCCUUGAGGAUAUAACUGCCCUAUUCUACGAUGAAGACCGUAAUGAAAUCUACACUGGUAAUAGGCUCGGCCUCAUUCAUGUAUGGUCCAACUAAAAAAGCGAGUAGCCGGUUUUUUCGAGUCUCGGAAUUUCAUGAUUUGUGGCUUCUUUUACUACUACAUACACCCCCCCACAUCGAGGGGGGUGAUAGAUACACUCGGUGUGAUGUUUAAUUGUACCUUUUUUUCUAGAGUUAUGUUGGAUUGACUUUUUUUUCGGGUGUGAUCUUGACUGAGGUGGUUUGAUUGUUCAUGUUGUAGAUUUGUUGUGUCGGGUUAAAUUUGUUGGGCUCUCGUUGGGGAGCAGUCGAACCUUGCCGAAUUGUUUACUUUGCAUUUUGAGUUGGAAAUUUGAUUGUUCAACUAGUUGUGAUCAUUAUGUGUUGAAUGGUUUCUGUAUUUGAGUUGGGGUGUUUGUCUGGUGUGUGUGGUCAUUCAUGAAGUGGAUGUAAA